GUGAUCCUGGGUAUCAUCGACGAGGCCGGCCAGGUCAACGAGGUCGUUGCUGCUGUCUCCAUCGGCAUCAUGGUCGACUGCGGCCCUCACAUCGUGCCCGUGGACGAUCCCGAGCAGCUCCCGCCCACAGUGCAGUCCCGGUACGCAGAGUACUUGGGGUUACAAGUAUCCCAUUUCGAGAAAGUUCAAGACUCCCUGGGCGAGGACAGUCCUGCCACGGUACUGCGCACAAAGUGCUUUGGAUGCCGCCCCGACGUCCUUGGUUUCCCCAGGUUCGCUUACCACGACAAGAAGAUCGAGUCAGGCCUCGCUACGCCACUACAAGACCGUCCCAUUGUCAACGGGCUUCCUUGGGUCACGCACCGACCGCUGGACACCGAGCGACUGGAGACCGUCGCCAAAAAGCGAGGAAAAGACGUGGACGAAUUCAGGUACGAUAUCUGCGACUUACACACCGAUGCGAUGACGUCUGGAGACGUCCACCGCGCGCUCACGAUUGACAAUCCACAUGCGGACAUUACCUCCAAUGCCAAGAGCGGCUACGCCAACAUCCACGAG